CAUACCAAACAGCACAAUGGAGAGCAACUAUCCUUCCCAUUUCUACUCUCCAUCCUUUCUAAACUCUUCAUUGAUCUUACUCUCCAUCCUGUUCAUCCUAUUCUCCUUCCUUCCUACCAAACAUAUCCUUAGAGUACCAAACAUACCCUUAGAGUUGAGACUUGAAGUCUCUUCUUCACUUUUUGUCUUUUCCGCUGCACUGCGUUUCUGUGUAGUGUGGAGUGUUCUGUCUGUGUAUGGCAAUGGAUCGCGCUCAGAUUCUUUUGAUCGGAAUACCACUUUUUCUCUUCUUCUACGACAUAGUUAGCCUCUUCGCUCCACAUCCACCACCACCUCCUCACCACCACCACCACCACCAUCCUCAUCAUCACCAUCCACCUCAUCAUCACCAUCAUCCUCCGCAUCAUCACCCUCACCCUCCGCAUCAUCCUCCGCAUCAUCACCCUCAUCCUCCGCAUCAUCCACCAGAUCGUGAACUUCAACAAGCUACGACUCUCUCUGAAACCCUAGAUGUUCCCUCUCAGGACGAAGUAAUUGUUGGGGGACUUGGCCUCGGCAGCAGAAUCGACAUCAUGUUCUGUUCUUCUUGCUCUUACAGGGGAAAUGCCCUUACAAUGAAAAAGAUGUUGGAGACUGCUUUUCCUGGGAUUGAUGUUGCUCUUGCAAAUCAUCCACCAGCUUUACAUAAACGUAUAAUCAGCAAAUUGGUUCCCGUUGCUCAAAUUGGAGCUGUUGGGCUUGUUGUGGCGGGUGAACAUAUAUUUCCAUUGCUGGGAUUUAUGACUCCUCCUCCUUGGUAUUAUUCUCUGCGUGCAAACAAAUUUGGCACCAUUGCAUCUUCUUGGCUUCUUGGAAAUGCUCUGCAAUCCUUCCUCCAAAGCACUGGGGCAUUUGAGGUCUACCUCAACAAUGAAUUGAUUUUCUCUAAACUAAAGGAGGGUAGGUUUCCUGGAGAGAUUGAAUUGAGGAACGUUGUUGGCAAAAAGCUGGGUAAAUCUGGCGUUGGAGGUUUGUGGACUUAGUUCACUGCAUGGAUAUAACUUUUAGGUUUAGUUUAAUUGUGAUGCCACAACAGAUCCUUUGUAUUUUGCGUAAUACUUGAUGUAGUAUUAUUAGUUUAAUAUAAUAUGGAACUUAUUCCGAAAUUUCCUCAGUUGGAUUGUCCUUGCUUGAUGCUAUAAAAAAGGAGUCUGUCAUUUGUAGCUUGACAUUUCUGUAAGGAUCGUAGAUCUACUUGUUUAUAAAUCUAUAUAAAGUAUUUUAUUGUACAAGUGAUAACUCCGCAGAGCUCACUAAUAUUCGCAUUCGUUGUUACAACGAAAUCUAUCUUAAUGAUGAAAGUAUCAAUUUACUGUCAA